UGCGAGUACGAGCUGAUGAAUCAUGGUAUAGAAGGCGGGACUUGUUACGAAAACGGGUGGGCACAAGGAGGAAGUGGUAACAAGAAAAAUAAUAACAACGUUCGGACCUGUUUCUCAUAAGAAUUAGAGGAGAGUUUAUUUGAAACAUGAGUUCCGAGCUCCAGGUCCUGUUAGAAACCAUCAACUUCUCUGCAGAGAAACACCGAAAUCAGCGCCGUAAAGAUCCAGAUGCAACCCCUUACAUCAACCACCCCAUAGGAGUCUCAAGGAUCCUGAGUCAUGAAGGUGGAAUCACAGAUCUGCAAGUUCUGCAAGCAGCGCUGCUUCAUGAUACUGUAGAAGACACAGACACCACUUUUGAAGAACUGGAAGCUAUAUUUGGAAAUAAAGUGGCUAGGAUUGUCCAGGAAGUGACUGAUGACAAAACGCUACCUAAACAUGAAAGAAAACUGCAGCAGGUGAAUCAUGCACCCCACUGCAGCCACCAAGCCAAACUGGUCAAACUGGCCGACAAACUGUACAACCUCCGCGAUCUCAAUCGCUGCACGCCGACAGGCUGGACGGCAGAGCGUGUUCAGGAGUAUUUUGUAUGGGCGGCUCAGGUAGUGAAAGGGCUUCGUGGAACCAAUGCUGCACUUGAGGAAAAGCUGCUACAGCUCUUCAAGGAGAGAGAUGUGGACAUAUGAAAAUCAAGGACCUUUUACACCUUUUGCAGCUUUUAUAUUGUUGUAAACAUUCAAGGAUUAAGUGUGUCUGUAUAUAUGAUUCAAUCCAUAAAAUUUAUGGAUCAGCAUUUUUAUGGAUUAUAUUGGAUUCUUCUUCUUUUUUAUUUUUUAUGAUUACAUUCAUUGGAUGAAUGUGCUGUUAUUGACAGUGACAAAUGAAAUGAAAAAUGUAUAUCUUCCCCUAGAAUGUUAACACUAUAGACUGGCUACAUGUAUGAGCAUGUAAAAAAAAAAUGAUAUGUUGUAUUAAAGGAGUAUUAAUACAG